UAUGGUGGCGGCCUUAUAGCUGCUCCUGCUGUAAUCAAAGCCGUCGCUGCCGAACCAGUCUACCCCCCGCAGCCGUACGAGUUCGGCUACGACACCGUGGACGAGUUCGGCACGAGGCUCACUCGCCAGGAGAGCAGUGACUCGGCCAACCAGAAGAAGGGCUCGUACGGUUACACCGAUGCGAAUGGCAUCUACCGUCAAGUGAACUACGUCGCCGACGCCGCAGGCUUCAGGGCCACCGUCUCCACUAACGAACCCGGCACCGCGCCCGGUGAGACUGGCGGAGCUGUGUUCGAUGCCAAGCCCGUCGCCGUGGUCGACAAGCACCAUGUCAAGGCGGCGGCCGCUUUCCUGGCUCCCACCUACGCCGUUCAUCCCGGAUACUAUGGCAAAUAUUGAGCGCAAAUCUAUUGAGUUGCGUGGCGCACGCGGGAUGCAGUCAUUCUGGCUUCUUCAGGACAGAGUAUACAUCUUAUAACGGCCCAGAUUU